CAGAAUGGCCGAAAAGCGCCACUCAAUCCAAAUCACUGCAUUGUCUCUAGCCGCCCGUCUUAAGUGCCUUGUGCCUAAAACCUCGAUGCCGUCUGUCCGUUGCUGCUAAACCCUUCAAAGGCUAUCCAUGGGCUGCCCAGAUGGAAAGCUUAAAACUUUGCCCAGGACUCUGACGAGAUGAUGAAUAUCAAGAACUAAAUUUGUGGUAAAGAUUUAAGAAAACCAUUUUUGCUGCUUCUUUGUGACUGUGUAUCAGUCCAAGAUUAAUAGGAGCGCUUAAUAUAAAAAGAUUUGAGCUUCAAAUUUUGAAUAAAUUUUACUGCGUACUUCUAUGCUGAUUCUUUAGCUGCAUUCCAAUUUUCCCAAAGGAUGUGCAGCCAAUAACUUGAGUCUGUUGACAUGCAAUCUAGAGUUGGUUCUUUAGUUAAGCUCCGAAAUUUAUUGACAGCCUCUCGAAAUUCUUUAUCUUUUCCCAAAACUCUGUUCCCAACAACUUCUCUACUUUUCCCGCCCGCCACCUAUUCGACCAUUUGCCAAGCCCAGGAAGAAAGUGUAGGAGAAUAUGUUAGAGACCAACCCAAGAACUCUGAAGAAAUUCUUAAGAACUGGGGUUGUAGUGAUACUGACAUAUCCAAGAUGUUCACACGGCGGCCUGCUUUGCGGAAUGCUGACCUUGAUCAGCUUCAGUUCAAACUAAACAUUCUAAGUGGCUUGGGCAUUAGUGCAUCUGAGCUUGUGAAGAUCAUCAAUUGUCGGCCCCGGUUUCUCAGUAAUCGAAUUAAUCAUUGUUUUGAUGAGCGGCUUGAGUACUUUAUGAGAUUGUUUGAGUCGAGGGAAGUUCUUGUCAAAGCCAUUGUAAAGAACCCAUCUCUCUUGACCUAUGACUUUCACGAUAAAAUCAAGCCUGCCAUCGCACUAUACGAAGGAAUGGGUCUUAGCACAAGUGACUUGACCCAACUUCUUCUGUCACGGCCCACGUUGAUCCCAAGAACUUCAUUUAAUGAUGAAAAGAUGGAAUAUAUACGAAAAACCAGGCUUUCGAAUCAUUCAACCAUGUAUAAGUAUGUUGUCGCAAUCAUUGGCAUUUCACGCCUUGAAACUAUCCGUCAGAAAGUUGCAAAUUUGGAGAAGUUUGGUUUCUCAGAAGAUGAGAUUUUUGGUCUUUUGGCAAGGUCUCCCCUUGUGCUUACACUGUCAAUUGAUAAGGUUCAGAGGAACAUGACUUUCAUUAUAGGAAAAAUGAAACUUCCCGCCCCAGUGGUUCUUGAGUAUCCCUUUUUUCUGUACACAAAUCUGGAGGCUGUUUUAAAGCCACGAGUAUUUCUUGCAGAGAAAAUGCAGGAAAUGGGUCUUGACUUGCAGAUUGAAGGCCCUAUGAUGCUGAGGGCACUGAGGAUGACAGAGAAGAGGUUUCUGAAGGCAUUUGUUAAUUGUCACCCAAAGGAUGUUGCUGAUGAAUUGAUGGAAUUUUAUAUAAAUGCAAAGGGUGUGAAGCGAUUGGCAGAAGACUACUCCAAGAAGAACUUCCAGCAAGGAUUUCCUUUCUAAAUAUCUUUUGCUAUCAGGUUUUUAUCUUUUGUACCUGCAAGAUGUCUCAGUUUACCUGUUGAUAUCAUUAUGUUACAUUAUGGAGCAUUCUGCUUAUCGUGGCAUUGUCAUUCUCUGUAAUCCUUUAUAUUGUUUGGGGUUAAAUUAAUUUUUUAUGA